UUGGCUUAGGUUGUACCAGUACCGGUAUAGUUUAUCAAAAUACAGAAAAUAAUAUUCUUAUUCCUGUAUUCAUUACAGUGUCUAAUAAUCGAUAAUUUAUCCAUAAAGCAGUAAAGUAAUGGCUAGGUCAGCGAAUUUUGUCAAUAGCGAAAAGCAGCUCCUUGUCCAGAUAAUUAGCGAACAUCCCCAAGUGGAGUCAAAAAGAACGGACAAGGUGUCAGUUGUGCAAAAGAAUUUGGCUUGGAAGCAAAUCGAAGCCAAAUUCAAUGCAACUGGCACCUUGUGUCGCCGAACUGAAAAAAAUCUGAAGGAUGCGUGGAAAAACAUCAAAAACAAAGCAAAGCAAGACAAUGCCCAACGCAAACGCCAUUUGAGGCAGACAGGAGGUGGGCCUGGUGUACCCACCGAUGAACUCAGCGAGAAAGUUGAGGCUCUCAUUCCUAGACAAAUAAAUUGCCUUGCGAACAACUUCGAUGAUGACAAUCAAAUUGAAAGCUCGCUCGAAGAACAAACAUACACACUUGUUUCAGUAGCUGAGGAAUCUUCAUCUUUCUCAGAUGGUAACGAAUCAGCAGUUUUGCAGACAUUGAGUACAGAUAGACAGUGUAGCAGCACAAUGGAUGAUUUGAGAAGAAGGGUGUUGACAGAGAAGUUGGAGGCAAUGGCGGAGGAGAGGAAAAUGAGAAGGGAAGAGCAUGAUAUAAAAAUGGAGUAUUACCGUAAAAAAAUAGCUAAGUUAGAAUGAAGGAUUUUAUUGUUUUAUUUGUUUUUGUUGCAAAAUGGUUAAUUAAAA